AUGGCGCCGUCCACCGCCCUCGCGGACGCCCUGCGCGGGCUCCAGGAGCGCGCCGGCGCGCACGAGCGACGCAUCGGAAAGAACGCGAAGGCGUCGCUGCUGUACGACGUCAAAGACGCCGCGGACGUCGAUCGCGAGACCGCGCACGCGAUCGGCGCGCGAGGAUUCGAAGAGCUGUGCCGAAGGGACGGGCGGUUCGAACUACACGCGAAGACGCUGUUCGCGCGAAGCGUGGCGGAGGGGAAACACAGGGAGUUGGAGACGGCGGAGGAACUCGCGGCGACGAGCGCGCGCGUGGAGGGAUAUUUGCGGUUGCUGAGCGGGUACUUUAACGAACGGUGCGCGAGUGAGACGCUUGAAUACUUGAUUCGGCGGUUUAAGAUACACGUGUACGACGUGGACGCGCUCAUCGCGUGUGGAUUGCCGUGGCACGGGACGGCGGCGUUCGUCAAAGCGACGCAGACGUGUCAGUUGGAGAAUAGUAGGCAUUUUAAGUGGUUGGGUGGGGUGAAAGAGACGGGCGCGGCGCCGCCGAGAGAUGCGUUGGCGGUGCGAUGUUCGAAGGAUAAGGCAUUUUUUACGUUUUGUGCGCAGAGUGCGACGGAGAUGGCGACGGCAAAGGUGCGUGACUUCGAGGCGCCGGCGACGACUUUUUUGUUUGUUUUCCACGGCGAUUGGAUCGUUUAA